AUGACCUCAAGUGUUCAAGGAGAAAGGGCAAUUCCACUUUGUCUUCCUGGCAAUUAUCAAUGGGACCCGGAAACAAUGAAAUGCACCAAAACUGGAGAAGAACGCUCCUACAUGUAUGUGGUAGAGGAGGCACUCAAAAAGCUUAGGAGGAUCAAAGGUCCUGUCUGCGUGGUGUCUAUUACUGGACCAUAUCGCAAGGGAAAGUCCUACAUUCUGAGCGAGGCUUUUCAUCAGCCAGACGUUUUCCCACUUGGGCACACUAUGUUGGCUGAGACAGUGGGAAUCUGGAUGUGGAUUUUGCCAGAAAAAUUAAAGGACUGCAAUGGCCAAGAAGUUUCAGUUGUACUUCUAGACACUGAGGGAAUUGACUCCGCUCAGGUAACUGGUUUUGAUGAUCAUCAAAUCUUUACACUCACCGUAUUGGUUUCUUCGGUACUCAUCUACAAUUCUUCAACUGUAGCCAAUAGACGAGAUCUGGAGGAACUAGAUUUUAUUGUUAAUUUGUCUCAGCGAAUACAAGUUAAAUCAAGGUCUGAGUGUGAUGUUGGACCUAAAGAUUCAGAUAUUUUCCACGAAACCUUUCCUUACUUUGUUUGGCUGCUCAGAGAUGUGACCCUAUUAUUACCAAGUGAUUGCAGCAACGUAAAGGACUACUUUUUAACAAAGGUUUUUCAAGAAGUGGCUACAAGCGAGAAGAGCAAGGAAGCCGCCCAUAGCAUUCUUAAGUUUUUUUCUGGGUUUGACGCCUUUGCUUUGCCUCUUCCCACAGAUAAAACGGAAGUGUUUCAUAACAUAAGCAACAGUAAGGAUAGUCUAAGUGCUCAUUUUCUCAAAGAUUUGCGUCAAUUUCAGCUUUUCAUGAAGGAUGUCAUCGUCGCAAAAAAGAGUGUCAAAACAGAAGAACCUGUCACUGGGGAAGGGUUGGCGAUGCUUGUCGAGUUGUACGUCAAAGCCAUCAACACCCCUGGAGCUGUUCCAAACAUGGAGUCAGCCUGGGAUGUCUUUGUAAAAACCAAGUGCUCAAAAGCUCAAACUACAGCAAAAGAUAAUUACAAAGUGACCAUGUCUUCACAUUUGGAGGGUGCACUUCCCUGUGACGGCGACUUCAUACUAAGGAGUCACAGUGCUGCACUUUCUCUGUGUAAAAGUUGUUUUAUGGAGGAAACCAAGGGAAUAUCAACCACAACAGUGCAGGAAUAUUUAAUUCCGCUUCAGGGCUUCAUUGAGGAAACCUUUAAUUGGUGGCAUGGGGAGAAUGCGAGGCAAACGAAAGAAAAGUGCAACGCAUUGAUCGAAGAUCUUCAGAAAAAAUACUUAGAUCCAAUUUUUCAAAAACUCACAGAAGAAGAAGCGCACAACUUGUCUUUCCAGGAUGUCGUUAGUGCCUAUGAUAAGCUCAAGAAUGAAUACAAAGCACGUGCAGUGGGUGCCAAAGAUAUCAUAGCUGAAGUUUUCUCGGAGCUCCACUCGAAAUUAAAGGAGAAAAAGGAAUACAAUCUAGCUCUCCUGGACAGAGUGAAGCGAUACAGUCAAGUGGCGGUGGACGAAAGGAUAGCAAGGGCGAUCCAAGAUAAAUUAUCGAAAAAACUUCAGGAAGACAACAAAAGGCUCUUGCAGGACAAUGAGGAUCAAAGGAAACAGAUGGAGGAUUUGAUAACUAAGCAGAGAGCAGAAGAGAAGCGAUUUAAUGCUGAAACGGAAAAGAAGGCAAAACAGCAUGAAAAACAAAUGCGAGACUUGAUCAGGGCAAACGAAACGAAAAUCAAGGAACAAAGAAAAAGGUUUCAAGCGGAAAACGAAAAGUUAGAAAUCCAAAACAAGAAAUUAAAGGCGGAGAACAAACAAAACUUACUAACUAUCAAGACUUAUUGUGACACCAUGAAUAAUCUAGGUAAUAACGGUCUAUUAGAUGGUACGAGAUCUCCAACCGUGCCGCAAGAGAAAUCUGUAAUUGCAACGCAAACUGAAAAUAUAACAAGUACUCCUCAAGGUCCUUUGCCAAAUGCGAAGACCUCUAAAUUCGUCACUGGACAAACCAAAAUCGCAAUAGAACGGAAUGCAAAAUUAGCUAAGGUUCAAGGGGAUAAGGAGGCUAUCGAGAAACCCGAUUUUAUCGGUCGACUUCUGACGACAGUCUCGGUUGGUGCACCUGCUAUUGGUCUGGCUGUGUCAGCAGCUGCGCCUCCGUUGGCACCAAUUGCAGCAACCACCGGGGCCAUUGUGGGUGCUGCUGCUGCAUGUCUUAAGAAGGUUAAAAACAACUGUAACAUUAUGUGA